GAACCCAGCAAGAAGAAGUCCAAUGUGGCCAAGAAGAGCACUGGAGGUCUGAACGCUGCCGAGGUCGGAGAGGGCCUCAAAAACAGCAGAUGGGAACCACCCUGGAUCAAGUACCAGAGAAAGGCCCAAGGGGGGCAGCAGAAGCCAGCAAGUGAUGCAAGUUCACAAGAUUCAGAUAAAUCAUCCGCAAAAGUUCAAGGUCGGUUGGAUUAGAAAAUAUUAUUGGGCUUGUUUUUUUUAUUAAACUUUCAACAAACCAUAUGUGAUACAGGCUGUGAUUAUUCAUUAAUUAAUCCAACACUGGGGGGAUAGGGAUGAGGAAUUUUUAAAAUAUGGUUGGCGGGGUGGGGUUGUUGUAAGUUUAUACUAUAUUAGAAUGCCAUGACGAUUAGAUAAUAUAACCAAAUUUACAUGCCACGUGUGUGUGGAUCACUAUCAGCCUUCCUGUAUGAAAAGGAUUAUUUUAAAAACACUUAUCUUUUGCCCUCUAUAUUUAAGGUGUCAGUGUGCGACAAAACAACAAUGGCAGGAACUCACGAAAUAGUAAAGACAUAGCUAGUGUCUUGCAAGAGAGACUUUCCACAGACAACACUCAGGUGGAAUAUGAUGAAGAGCAACUUACUGGCGAACGCAAAGAUGUUCAACUGGACCUCUCUGACAGAGUUCGUAAACCAUUC